AUGUCCUUCAGUGAUCAACAGUGCAAGCAGCCAUGUGUGCCGCCUCCAUGUCUUCAAAAGACCGCAGAGCAGUGCCAGGCACAACCUCAGGAGGUGUGCCUCCCCCAGUGUCAGGACCCCUGCCAUGAUAAGUGUCCACCACAAGCUCCGGAGGUAUGUCUCCCUCAGUGUCAAGAGCUAAACCAAAACAAUUGCCCACAGCAAGGUCAAGAUCCAUGCCCACCUCCCUGCCAAGACCAAGGUCUGCCUCAGUGUGUGGAGCCAUGCCAGGAGAUAGCCCAGACAAAAUGUGUGGAAGUGUGCCCACCAAAAGUUCAGGAGAAGUGCCCACCUCCUGGCAAGGGAAAGUAG